AUGGCAGACAUACAGACGCUUGAGCAGCGCUUUGAGGGCAUAUCGGUGCAGGAUGAGAACCAUGAUAGUGCUGCACCACCACAGCCGAAGCAUCAGCCAAAGAGCUCUCUCAGUCAUGCCAUCUCCCUAUCGAACCUCGGCGCAUCAACGACCACAGCGCAAUCGCGCAUGAAGCUGCCUCUGCAAAAGCUUGCACCUAACGCUGGCAGCAAACCAACACAGACAGUCCUCACCAAGAUCACUCUCCCAUCACAAGCCGCACAACGACCCUCCACCGAGUCAAGACCUUCGGACCCGCAAUCGGCGAUACAGCGAGAAGCACCAAAGCCAACACCCAAACAAUGGCAUCUGGGCAUGUUCGAGAUUGGCAAGCCAUUGGGCAAGGGCAAGUUCGGUCGCGUCUACCUCGCACGAGAACGCUCCUCAGGCUUCGUUUGCGCUCUAAAGGUGCUACACAAGUCAGAGCUGCAAGCCGGCAAGGUCGAGAAACAAGUCCGCCGCGAGAUCGAGAUCCAGUCCAACCUCGCCCACCCAAACAUCCUUCGCCUGUACGGCCACUUCCACGAUACGAAACGAAUCUUCCUGAUCCUCGAAUUCGCCGGCAAGGGUGAGCUCUACAAGCACUUGCGAAAAGCACAACGCUUCCCCGAACCACAAGCCGCCGGCUACGUUGCGCAGAUGGCCAGCGCGCUGAAGUAUCUACACAAGAAGCACGUCAUGCAUCGGGACAUCAAGCCCGAGAACAUCCUCGUAGGCCUCCACGGGGAGAUCAAAAUCUCCGACUUCGGCUGGUCAGUCCACGCACCCAACAACAGGCGCAACACAAUGUGCGGUACUCUCGACUACCUUCCACCCGAAAUGAUCAAGCCCGGACGGGAGGAGAACUGGUACACCGAAAAGGUUGAUCUCUGGUCGUUGGGAGUGUUGACAUACGAAUUCUUGGUCGGAGAGGCUCCUUUCGAAGACACGCCAGUUAUGACCCAGCGAAGAAUCGCGAGAGGAGAAAUGACAGUGCCGAGCUUUGUCAGCCCUGAGGCUAGGGACCUCAUUAAGAGACUGCUCGUGCUGGAUCCCGAGAGGAGGUUGAACCUGGAUGAGGUGGAGGUGCAUCCGUGGAUUGUGAAGCAUUGUGCUGGGAAGAAGGAGAAGAAGCAGAGUAAUGAGGGUGUGCAGUUCGUUAGGGGUUGA